AUGACUUUUCUCUGCCAUCUAAUCCUUUGCACAGCCCUGUUCCCUCUGGCUUUAGCAUCAUCUUGCAAAUCCCACCCCAGCUCCCCAUCAUGGCCCUCACCCAAAACAUGGUCCCAUCUCAACACCACUCUCAACGGUAACCUUAUCGCACCAGUCCCUCCAGGAGCAGUAUGCCACGCAUCUCAACCAAGCUACAACAAGACCAGCUGCCCGGAAGUCGCAAAAGCAUGGAAAACAUACGACUUCCACACUGACAAUCCAGUCUCUCUGAUUUAUGAUCAAUAUUCUAAUUGGACUUGUCUUCCUGACAUGGACUACCCAUGUAGUGGAGAGGGUUAUCCUGCUUAUGUGAUUAAUGUGGCAAAGGCGGAUGAUGUCAAAGUUGGGGUUGACUUUGCACGGAAGCACAAUAUCAGACUCAUCGUCAAAAACACAGGCCACGACUACAUGGGCCGCUCCGUCGCACUAGGUUCCCUAUCCCUCUGGAUCCAUCAUCUCAAAUCAAUAACCUACCACAAGAAGCACUUCAAACUCUACAACUCAAAGACUACUAUCAAAGGCGAUGCCGUAACUGCAGGCGCCGGAGCUCAGAUGUACGAUGUUUAUACUUAUCUGGACAAAUACAAGCGCGUUGUCGUUGGCGGUGGUGGAAAGUCUGUUGGUCUAGGAGGAUACGUUACUGGUGGCGGUCAUUCACUUUUGUCGCCGAGGUUUGGGCUGGCUGUUGAUCAGGUUCUUCAGAUGGAGGUUGUUACCCCUAGUGGGAGGAUCCUGACUAUUAAUGAGGAUAACCAUCCUGAUUUAUUCUGGGCUAUGAGAGGAGGCGGCGGUUCAACCUUUGGUGUCAUCACUUCAAUAACCCUCAAAGUCUACCCAACACCCAAGAUAUCCGCAUCAACCUUCACAAUCGGUACAUCUGCAGAUGCACCAUUCAAAUACGAUCUCCUAGCCUAUAUCCUCUCCCAGUUCCCCUCUCUCGCAGACGCAGGUCUAUCGGGCUACUCGUCCCUCAGUCCUCGAACACCCAACCCUGCUGGGGGCGAACCGAAGGAAGUAGCAGGUAUAUCCGGCAUCCUUACAGCACAAGACGUCAAGGAUUCGAACUAUAUCCAGAAACUCUUCAAGCCUAUCAACGAAACUCUGCAGAAGCGAUGGCCGGGGAUGGUGCAGUUCACAGCUACGCAAGAGAAGUAUUCUUCUUUCUUGAAGUGGUAUGACGUUUAUUUUGAUCAAGGUGCUGCGGGUCAGACGAACUAUAUCGUUUCGAGGCUUUUGACGAAGGAUGCUCUUGAGGAUGACGAAGGGGAGUUGAGUCAUGCGUUGGAGGAAGGGUGUAAGCCUUCUGGUGGGAUGGUCGUGCAUUUGGUUUCGGGCAAGGGAGUGAGGGAUGCGAAGCCUAGAGGAGGAAGCUUAUCGGUGAAUCCGGGUUGGAGGGAAACUUAUGUUCAUGCUCUGGCUGGACAUACUUUCGAACCAUUCAACGCAACUGCCAAGGAAGAAGCUACUCAGAGCCUGAUCGAGACUUGGGAACCGUUCCGAAAGCUAUCGCCCGACGCAGGCGCUUACAUCAACGAGGCGCUUCCUUUUGAGCCAGAUUGGCAGCACACCUUCUGGGGCGACAAUUACGAAAGACUCAUUUCUAUCAAGAAGAAGGUCGAUCCACACGAUGUGUUUUGGUGUUUUCCUUGUGUCGGAAGUGAGAAGUGGGAGCAAACUGUUGAUGGCCGUAUUUGCAAAGUCAACUAA